AUGGAGAUUUUAAACGGCCACAGAGAAAGAUGUUAUGAAAAUUUUAGGAUGUACCCUGAAGUUUUUAGAACAUUGUAUAGUACCCUAAAAGGUAUAAGGCUGAAAGAUUCUAAAUUUUUAACUGUUUAUGAACAAGUGGCAAUCUUUUUGCUCACUUUAUAUCAUAAUCAAAAGAAUCGUGCUGUAGCUGAGAGAUUUCAACACUCUACUGAAACCAUUUCCAGACACUUCCAUGCUGUGUUACAUGCAGUAUGUCAGUUGGGCACCCAUAUCAUUGCCCCUCCUGAUUUUUCUAUGAUUCUGAAUAAGAUUAGAGAGUCUUCUAGGUUUUUCCCUUACUUCAAGAAUUGUGUGGGAGCUAUAUAUGGAACCCACAUUCCUGCAACUCUGCCAGCAAGUACACAACUUCCAUUUCGUGGUAGAAAGGGUUAUACCACACAAAAUGUAAUGGCUGUAUGUGACUUUGACAUGAGGUUCACAUAUGUGCUAGCUGGGUGGGAAGGCUCUGCUAAUGAUUCGAGAAUCCUAAAAGAGUGUAUUGAGAAUGAGGCAAUGAACUUUCCAGCUUCACCAGCAGGUAAGUAUUAUUUGGUGGACUCAGGAUAUGCCAACAAGCCUGGUUAUUUGGCCUCAUUUCAAGGUCAUACUUACCACUUUCAGGAAUAUCGUAGGACUAGACAACCUCGUGGUCGGGAGGAAGUGUUCAAUCAUAGGCAUUUAUCUUUGAGAAAUAUAAUUGAGCGAUGCUUUGGGUUGUUGAAGAUGAGAAAUCAGCAUCAGCCUGAUGAUUUAUUUGAUGGUAACGAUCCUCCUCAAAGUGAUGGGGAAGAUGAUGAGAUUGUUGAGCAUGUGCCUUCGGCUCAGCUUAGAGAAAUGGAUCAGUUGCGUAAUACUAUUGCUGAUCGAAUUUGGAAUUCUCUUUAG